AUGGCGGAGACCCAGCCGACCACCAACGGCGCCACCGACUCGGUGCAAUCCGGCGACAUCGCGAAGCAGUACACCCUCCUCCCGAAGCUCAUUCCAUUCCUCGACCGACACCUCGUCUUUCCGCUGCUCAACUUUCUCGAGGAACAGACGCCAGAAGAUGAGGACAUCACCGACAUUACGGAGCUCAAGUUCCGCCUCCUCAAGGGCACGAACAUGUCUGAUUUUGUGGGCGACCUUUACGCGCAGCUGAACAACCUGGACGAGAAACCGCAAGAGUAUGGAAAGAAGCGCGAUGAGGUGCUGGAGAGGCGGCGGAUAUACGAGGAGGAGACAGAGAAGAUCCAGAACUUGCUCUCUGACUCGGACGUCAUCAACAACCUGCGCAGCGACAAGACGAGCAACAUGAGCUACCUAAAGGAAACCCACGGAGUCACCCAGCAGAUGGUGGAUCAGCUGUACGAUUUCGGCCAGUUCCAGUAUUCCUGUGGAGACUACGGCAGCGCCUCUGAACUGCUCUACCAGUUCCGCAUUCUAUCCACCGAUAACGACAAGGUCAACGCGGCCACCUGGGGAAAGCUGGCCUGUGACAUCUUGACCGUCAACUGGGAAAGCGCAAUGGAGGAGGUCAUGAAGCUGAAGGAGAGCAUCGACACCAGACUCUUUAACAACCCGCUGGCCCAGCUGCAGCACCGCACGUGGUUGAUCCACUGGUCUCUCUUCCCCUUUUUCAACCACGAUCCUGCCCGCGAGUCCUUGACCGAGCUAUUCUUCUCUCCCACCUACAUCAACACCAUCCAGACAUCCUGCCCAUGGAUCCUUCGAUAUCUCGCCGCAGCAGUCAUUACAAACCGAAACCGCCCCGGCAGCAAGGCUAACUUCAUGUACGGCAACUACCAAAAGCAGUUGAAGGAUCUCGUUCGCAUUGUUCGCCAGGAGCAGUACGAGUACAACGACCCCGUCACACUCUUCGUCAAGGCAUUGUAUGUCGACUUUGACUUCGAGGAGGCGCAGAAGCGGCUUAGCGAGGCUGACGAGAUCUUGCGCGCCGACUUUUUCCUGGUCGCGACAUCAGACUCCUUCCUCGACGCCGCCCGCCACCUGAUCUCAGAGUCGUACUGCAAGAUCCAUCAGCGGAUUGACAUCAAGUGAGUACUAUCUAUUUUGAUCGUCCCUUUGAAAGUUUACUAAUUCAUUUCAGGGACCUCUCUACCCGUCUCGGCCUCUCACAUACCGAGGGAGAGAAGUGGAUCGUCAACCUGAUUCGGGACACAAGAGUGGACGCCAAGAUCGACUACAAGAACGGCACCGUGGUCAUGAACCACCCGCCAGUCAGCGUUUACCAGCAGGUCAUUGAGCGGACAAAAGGAGGUUUCUUUAGGACGCAAGUCCUCUCCGCUGCUGUCGCCAAGUAG